UGUGUUUAGUCGGAGCCACGAUAACAGGAGUAUUUUGGAGGAAUUUGUGGUUUGUUGGAAAUUUGCCCAUUCAGCGUUACUUUAUUGUUGGGAGUCAACGCCAGGGAUACAAUGAAGCUCCUCACGCAUAAUAUGCUCACUUCGAAAGCCAUCAAAGGCGUGCAAACGGGAUUCCCAUUGAAUAUUGUUGUAAAAAAGACGAAGACAGUGGAGACCGAAUUUAGCUCGGAGUUCAUUCAACGCAUGCUCCCGAAGUUGGAUUGGCCUGCUUUCCUGAAAGCAGCGCAAACGCUGGGCGUCGGUUCUCAACUACCUGAUUCGCCCCCAACGGAGACGACUGACGAGACGGUCCUACGCUCGAUACACCAUGCUCUAGUGGAAGUUGAGGUUAUCGAGGGCGAGCUCAUCUGUCCAGAAACAGAGCGCAAAUUCCCUAUAUCCAAUGGCAUACCCAACAUGCUUCUCAACGAGGACGAGAUUUGAAGGUAGCGGGUUGAAAAGCGUUCUUCCUGGAGCCACAAGAAUCAUCAGUUGAAUGUAAUCAAUGAACCCGGAUCUCGCAGCGCUUUGAGAACCAGAGUUCUCUUGAAUUGCACUCAUUACCCAUAUGUGUAUUAUCAUGCCUACAUCAAAAUACCGUGAACGGUUGUCA